CUGGGCCCCCAAGCCUCCCUCUCACCCCUUCCAGGAAGCCCCCCUGGUGCUGACGGCUCCAAGGGUGGGAGGCAUAGAACCUGAGACAGAGAGGCAAGUUCUCAGCCACCACCUAAACCACUGAUGAUCUGACACCCUCAGGGCCCUCCCCGACCACACACUAGAGACUCAGGAGUCUGGAUCAGCAGCCUCUUCACCCCUCAGGACCCAGAAACCCAGCGCUCACCCCCAUGGAGCCCUGCCGGUCCCUGGCCCUGCUCGCUGGCUCCCUGGGCCUGACGUCCUCCCUGGUUGCCUUGAGCACCGACUUCUGGUUCUUGGCCAUGGGACCCACCUCCUCAGCUCACUCAGGCCUCUGGCCAAGGGAGCACGGAGACCCCGUAGCAGGCUACAUCCACGUGACGCAGAGCUUUUGCAUUCUGGCCGCCCUGUGGGGACUGGUGUCCGUGGGCUUCCUGGUCCUGUCCUGCAUCCCCUCACUGUCUGCCCCGGGCCGCGGCCCCCUUGUCGCAACCAUCACAGCCUUUGCUGCAGCUCUCUCCAUGACAGUGGCCAUGGCAGUGUACACCAGUGAGCGGUGGGGACAGCCUCCACACCCCCAGAUCCAGACCUUCUUCUCCUGGUCCUUCUACCUGGGCUGGGUCUCAGCAAUACUGCUGCUCUGCACAGGUUCCCUGAGUCUGGGUGCUCACUGUGGCACCCGCCAGCCGGGCUAUGAAACCCUGUGAGCGGAAGGCAAGAGUGGCAUGAUGUUUUGAGCACUGUCUUCUGAAGGCCUUAUCAGGAGCUGUGGGAACGCCUGGUCCUGCCUUCGUCCCUCACUCCCAACCCUUCCCCAGCCCCUUCAUCUGUUUCUUCAUUCAUUCAACAAAAACUGUCUGCAA